UGUCUGUGGAGAAACUGGUUGCCAGGAAGUUGGGCGAAUGAAAUUCAUUUUUCACAGUUGGUGAUGGCGGAUGUCGAAAUCGACACCAUGAAGAAUUACCACAUAGCCUUUGAAAGAAUAAACCCCGAUACGAGUCGUUACCCCUACUGUAUCGUGUGGACACCUAUCCCCGUACUAUCAUGGCUGCUACCAUUCAUUGGACACAUGGGAAUCUGCACCUCUUCUGGUAUUAUCCGGGACUUUGCUGGGCCCUAUUUUGUCUCUGAAGACAACAUGGCCUUUGGGAGACCAACAAAAUACUGGAUGCUGGAUGUAGCCAGGGUGUAUGCUAGUGGCUCCAACGCCUGGGACACAGCAGUGCAAGACGCCUCAGAGGAAUACAAAAACAGAAUGCACAACCUCUGCUGUGACAACUGUCACUCCCAUGUGGCCAUGGCUCUGAACCUGAUGCGCUAUGAGAACAAAACCUCGUGGAACAUGAUCAACCUCUGUCUGCUCUCCCUAGUCCACGGAAAACACGUCAGCUGUGCAGGGUUCCUGAAGACCUGGCUUCCCUUCCUCAUGUUGCUGGGUAUCAUCCUAACUGUGGCUCUGACUAUUAACCUGCAGUGACCAGCCAACCAGGUGGGAGGACACAGCUUACAGGCGGCAAGGAGCAGAGGGGGAGUGGGAUGGACUCCCUGCAGAAGGUGGGCGAUGGAGAUUUGGGGGGGGGGAGGGCAAACAGGGAGGGAGGGAAUGGGAACCCUCUGCAGGUUGAAAGUGACUGUUGAGGUGGGAGGUGUCACACCUACUCAACUCUGAUCGUGAGGGUGGAGAGGGAAAAAGACAUGGAACUGUGACACCCCAGCAACAUACAAACCAAUGAGAGGACAAUGAAGAGAAGGCCAAAAACAUCCUCCACUCAACUAAGCACAAAGCCUGUUUGUUUGUAGGACCAGGCAACCUGGCUUUCACUGGUGGCGUGGUCCUACUGAAGCUGGAAUACAUUUGGAUGGCACUUUUAGUUGUUUGUUUAUUUUGGGGUUGAGAGUAAUUGUUCUUGAUGGACGGUAGCUUACUUUUAAAUAUUUUAAUGCCCUCCACAAACAUCCCAAGUCCAUAAAUGUUUAUGCAAUUUUCAAAUGUUUUGAUUUUCAAUGAAGGCCUAGUAUAUGGUUAUAGACCAUCAUAACCAUCCAUUACCUAGGAAUGUGGAGGAGGAUGUUGCCGGCUCUGUAGAUUACAGUAGCGAUGGUAGUGGUGGAGGGGGUAGGGGUUGUUCUUUCUUUCAGGGGUAGUAGGCUUGUCUCCCACAGGGACAGCAGCAUCCUUGCCUUUCUCUCUCUGCCAUGCUGAAACCAACACCCACCAUCCAUUUGAAUGACAUGGGACUAUGAUGAUGAUCCACUGACUCAGUGCUUCCCAUACUCUGAGAUAAAUCAAAUACUCCAUCUUGAUAUUUCACUUUAAUGCCUUUCAAGGAAUGUGUUAUUGCGUUGGCAUGGUACGCAUGGUUUGAUACAGUUCCUAUUACUGCAAAUUUUAAUAACCUGUGAUUCACCAAGAGUGGUUUGUUGUUUCAAUGAAUUCUACCUAUCUACUACUGUGGACUGUAUCCAGGAUAACAACUCUCAAAACGCUGCUAUUAGCAAGUGAUGCCUCAUCUUGUGUGAUAUCAAUGAGCACAGUUGAACUGCUUCUGUCUGCAUCUUAUUUAAAUAUUUGUAUUUUUCUUAACUCAUUGACAUUUGUAUGUUUAGACCCAUUUUAAUGGUGUCACUUUUCAAAACGGGAUUAUAGAUUUCAGAUAAUCUCAUUAAGUGUGUUGGAUUAUUUGGAUACUUCGUACAGUGGCCAUGGUAACCUCUGUGGAACCCUGGACUCAUAACUCUGGACUCCACCUGCAGAUGGGAAUGGAAUGCAUGAUGUUCUGGAAUGCUGCAGAGUUCAUUUGUGUUCUGUGUUCUAGGAUGUGAGUGUGCUAAAUGGAGAUCUUCCCAGUCCCUACAGGAGAGGGAUCACCGCUUUCUGAUCCUGAACACUCAAACUCCAACAUCAACAUGUGCCCUAGAAGAAAUAAGUACCUCUGACUCCUAGCUCUGACUGGGUUCUUGAAAAAAUGAAAUCAAUUCAUAUAGUUGGUGCCUGAAAAACAAUGGUCUUCUAUCAUGGGUCUUCCUGGAUAAUGUGUAUGUACAUAAAUGACUCAAUUUAUAUCAAACUACA